ACUGUUCGGUUAGUCUAGACCAUCUGAUUAUGGAGUUAAUAAUUUCCAUCAGGUUUUGAUCAUCGUCGUCAAGGUAGGAAAGUAGUAAUCUUGGUGCGACUAACAAGAUAUGUUUUCGGUGUAAUAUAUAUAUGGUCUACCAGUUAAUACUAGCAAAAAAUCGUGAUCUACUGUAUUUGCUAAGCUAAAAUAGGAAGGAUUAAAAUCGUGAUCUAUACUAGGAAAGGCGGCAGCUACAGGGACGGAGUUCGUCGUAGGUGUUUCAUCAGUAACCAGGCUACAGAUUAGCGCAUGUACAAUGGGUGUUUUAAGUUGUGUCUUAAAGUAUGUCUAGGGGGGUAAAUGUAAAAAAACUCAAGAUAUGUAUUUUGAUGAAGACACAGUGUCUUAGCUCUAUGUUCGAGACAGGAGACUAGCUGAUUAAUCACUUUAAUUUAUUGAAUGCUCUGAUUGGUAUAAUGAAUAUCGUAAGACACAUGUUUUAGACAUGACCACUGUAUUAUGUUGUGUUUUAGUUGUGUCUUAUACUUGUAGUACCGUGCAGCAGUGUCUAGGUUGUACAUGCCCUUAUCUAUCAAAUAGGGCUAGCUGUCGUAUAUUAUUUGUAGAACAAAUUUAGUAGGUUAUGUUGAUGGAUAAGCUUGAUUUGUUUUCUACAGAUAUUCUAAACUCGGUUCUAGACACAAGCAAGGUGGGGGCGGGGAAGAUGCAGUUAGAGGAAGCCGAGUUCACCAUGGCGGACGUCCUGCAGGAGUCGGUGGACAUGGCCAACGUGACGGGCGUCCAGCGAGGGGUCGAGGUGGUCUGGGACCCCUGCGACUUCUCGGUCUUGAGAUGCACAGCCGUCAUCGGAGACAGCAAGCGCCUCAAGCAGAUCCUGGACAACCUGCUUGGCAACGCCCUCAAGUUCACCGAUGAAGGACACGUCGUACUCCGGUGCUGGGCAACCCGGCCGAUCGUCGGGAGCAAUGUCAGAGCUCCAUCAAGGUUUAUGCACCCACGACAUGCCAGCGGCGGUUCCUUCGGAUGCUUCUUCAGGGCACAGGAGGAUCCUAGUCACCAAGAUCAUUUGCAGAAUGACCCCAAUUUGGUUGAGUUUUACUUUGAAGUGGUUGACACUGGCAUUGGGAUCCCCAAGGAGAAUAGGAUGUCUGUGUUCGAAAACUAUGUUCAGGUGAACAAUGGCCAAGGAGGCACAGGCUUGGGGCUCGGAAUUGUGCAAUCCUUUGUAAGUUACCACACUCCAAUAUACGUACAAUAUACAUAUAUAUAUGUAUCUCCUGUUCAUUUUUCUAAUGAUCUAUGUUGAUCUUGA